AGUGACUAAACUGGAUUUAUUUUAGUGCUUUGUGUAAUAACUUUAUUAUUUUAUUUUUAUUUUGUUUCUACUUUACUUUCGAUUGUGACUGAACUUAGUGAAAAUGAAUGUUCAAUAUCAACGGAUAUAAUGUGACAUCACAAAGACAAUAGCAAAGUAUCGAUAACAGACUCCUAUUUGGUAAAAUGACUGCAUGGAACACAUCGUCCUAACGAAUGUAAAAGAAGCUAAACUUACAAAAUCAAUCCAAAGAAAAUGAUCAACUGAAUUCCAAAAUGGAGUCAACGGAAGAAAUGUACAACAUAUGCCUGAAUCUAACCAGCGAAGAAUCCAGCCUAGUGGGUUGUAACUAUAGUAUAGAAUUCAAAAAUGACGAUUUACUCGAGAAAGUUGUCUCAAGGGUGGUGCCGAUUUUCUUCGGAUUUAUAGGAAUUGUUGGAUUAGUCGGCAACGCAUUAGUGGUAUUAGUAGUUGCUGCGAACCCGGGUAUGAGAUCGACUACAAAUCUACUGAUAAUAAAUUUAGCUGUAGCCGAUUUACUCUUCGUCAUAUUCUGCGUCCCAUUCACUGCUACGGAUUAUGUAAUGCCCAGAUGGCCGUUCGGAGAUUUAUGGUGUAAGGUGGUGCAAUAUUUCAUAGUCGUGACAGCACACGCGUCUGUGUACACUUUGGUAUUAAUGUCUCUUGACAGAUUCAUGGCAGUAGUCCACCCAAUAGCAUCAAUGUCGAUAAGGACGGAGAAGAACGCAUUAUUGGCAAUUGCCUGUAUUUGGGUGGUCGUUCUUACAACUGCGAUACCAGUGGGAAUAUGUCACGGAGAGCGGGAGUACUUUUACUUCCACAGGAAUCAUUCUUCUUGCGUAUUUCUGGAAGAUCAAGGAUAUAGCAAACUGGGUUUCCAGAUGUCCUUCUUCUUGUCAUCUUAUGUGAUACCGCUGGCGUUGAUUAGCGUGCUGUAUAUGUGUAUGCUGUCGAGGUUAUGGAAGAGUGCUCCUGGAGGGAGGGUGUCUGCUGAGAGUAGAAGAGGGAAGAAGAAAGUCACCAGGAUGGUGGUUGUCGUUGUGGUUGUAUUCGCCGUUUGCUGGUGUCCCAUACAGAUCAUUCUACUUGUGAAGGCGUUACAAGCCUACAACAUAACUUACUUCACGGUGACAGCACAGAUUGUGUCACACGUGCUCGCGUACAUGAACAGCUGCGUCAAUCCCGUGCUCUACGCGUUCCUGUCCGAAAACUUCAGGAUCGCCUUCAGGAAGGUAAUGUACUGCCCACCGCCAUACAACGACGGUAUGUCCGGACGACCACAGCCUACUAAAACUACACGCACUGGCAACGGUAACUCAUGCCACGAUAUCGUUUGAGAAUCGUUACGUAGUCGUACGCACAUCGCACCCGAACAAGCCACUAUUGUAUAAUUGCGUAAUAUGUGCGUGCGGCUCCACAAAUAACUUGUAUACAUUGUAUAAUAUCUGUUUGAACUUGAAUUUACUACGUAUUCUAUUGCAGUAGGUAUAUAUCGUGGGUAUUUAAUAUAUAAAAGGAAAGUUGUUG